AUGUGGGACCCCCGGGACUUCGAGCGCCGCUGGCGGGCCGAGUUCCCCGGGCAGGCGGCGCCCGCCCUGCGGCUGGACUCGGUGCGGGACGUGGAGCGGGAGCUGGAGCAGUGCCAGCUCCGCCUGAAGCGGCUGCAACAGGUGUCGGCGGAGGAGAAGUUCAAGGUGUCCUUCCUGCAGGCCGUGCUGGCCGGGGAGGCGCGGGGCCCGGAGGGCGCGGACGGCGGCGGGGCAGCUCCGGCCGAGGAGCCGGCGGUGGCCGGGCCGGAGCGCGCGCCUCCUCCGCGGGAGGAGGAGAAGAAGGAGGAGGAGGAGAAGGAGGAGGAGGAGGAGGAGGAGGGUGCCGCGGGCGGCGGCGGCGGUGGCGGCGAACCCCCGGGCCCCGCGCGCCCCGCUCCGGAGGCGGCUGCCCAGGCCGAGCCUCCGUGCGUGUGCCUGGACCUCCCCGCAUGGCCCGUGGCGGGGGCCGGGGCCACCGUGUGCAGCCUGACCGCAGCCAUCCACCAGCAGCUGCUGCAACCUCGCCUCCUCUUCUCGCCGCGGGAGGACCGCGCGCCCCCGGGCCCCGAUGGCGAUGGCACAGCCCCCAGGUCCCCCGGCGAGGAGCCGGCCUCGGGGGCCCGGGAGGCGGGGCGGGGCUCCGAGGAGGGCGAGCCGGACGCCUCGGGCGCCGAGGAUGGGGGCGACGGCAGUGACCACGACUUCGAGAUGGUGGAUCUGAACGAGAAAUUCGUCCUGGGCCACUUGCUGGUGGCCCCCUGCCGGUUCGGCACCCGCGGCGAGGCCGAGAAGGCGGCGCGGGCCAGCAGCCCCCACCGCUGGAUGCACCUGAUCCCCGGCGGCCGGCGGCUGCAGCGCCGCAGCCGCGACCUGGAGCAGCUGGAGGCGGAGGCCAAGGACGGGCGGGGCUCGCCGGUGCCCGCGGAGGAGGCCCCCCGGCGCGGGGCCCGCGACCAUCACCACUCCCGGUGGCGGCGCAAGGGCUUGCUGUGGGUGCCCGAGCGCGACUCGCCCGGCCACAGCUCGCCGGAGAGGGGCAGUGACUGCAGCCACAACAGCUCGGACCACGAAGACGGCUCCUCUGCAGACUUCAGCUACGGGGCGGACGACUACGACGCGGAGGGGAAUGAGGAGCAGAAGGGGCCCCCCGAGGGCUCGGAGACCAUGCCGUACAUCGACGAGUCGCCCACCAUGUCGCCCCAGCUCAGCGCCCGCAGCCAGGGCGGCGGGGACAGCGUCUCCCCCACCCCCCCGGAGGGGCUGGCACCCGGGGUGGAGGCAGGGAAAGGCCUGGAGAUGAGGAAGCUGGUCCUCUCGGGGUUCCUGGCCAGCGAGGAGAUCUACAUCAACCAGCUGGAGGCCCUGCUGCUGCCCAUGAAGCCCCUGAAGGCCACCGCCACCACCUCGCAGCCCGUGCUCACCAUCCAGCAGAUCGAGACCAUCUUCUACAAGAUCCAGGACAUCUAUGAGAUCCACAAAGAGUUCUACGACAGCCUGUGCCCCAAGGUGCAGCAGUGGGACAGCCAGGUCACCAUGGGCCACCUCUUCCAGAAGCUGGCCAGCCAGCUCGGCGUGUACAAAGCGUUUGUGGAUAACUAUAAAGUCGCUCUGGAGACAGCAGAGAAGUGCAGCCAGUCCAACAACCAGUUCCAGAAGAUCUCCGAGGAGCUCAAAGUGAAAGGUCCCAAGGACUCCAAGGACAGCCACACGUCCGUCACCAUGGAAGCUCUGCUCUACAAGCCCAUCGACCGUGUCACCAGGAGCACCCUGGUCCUGCACGACCUGCUGAAGCACACGCCCGUGGACCACCCAGACUACCCGCUACUUCAGGACGCCCUCCGCAUCUCCCAGAACUUCCUGUCCAGCAUCAAUGAGGACAUCGACCCCCGCCGGACUGCCGUCACCACCCCCAAAGGGGAGACACGGCAGCUGGUGAAGGACGGCUUCCUGGUGGAGGUGUCGGAGGGCUCCCGGAAGCUGCGGCACGUCUUCCUCUUCACCGACGUCCUCCUGUGCGCCAAGCUGAAGAAGGCGUCUGCCGGGAAGCACCAGCAAUAUGACUGCAAGUGGUACAUCCCUCUGGCCGACCUGGUGUUCCCGUCCCCCGAGGAGUCUGAGGCCAGCCCCCACGUGCACCCCUUCCCGGACCACGAGCUGGAGGACAUGAAAAUGAAGAUCUCCGCCCUCAAGAGCGAGAUCCAGAAGGAGAAAGCCAACAAGGGCCAGAGCCGGGCCAUCGAGCGCCUGAAGAAGAAGAUGUUUGAAAACGAGUUCUUGCUGCUGCUCAAUUCCCCCACCAUCCCGUUUCGGAUCCACAACCGGAACGGAAAGAGCUACCUGUUCCUCCUGUCCUCGGACUAUGAAAGGUCAGAGUGGAGAGAAGCAAUCCAGAAACUGCAGAAGAAGGAUCUCCAGGCCUUUGUCCUGAGCUCAGUGGAACUCCAGGUGCUCACAGGAUCCUGUUUCAAGCUUAGGACUGUACACAACAUUCCUGUCACCAGCAAUAAAGAUGACGACGAGUCUCCAGGGCUCUACGGCUUCCUUCAUGUCAUCGUCCACUCUGCCAAGGGGUUUAAGCAGUCCGCACACCUGUACUGUACCCUGGAGGUGGAUUCCUUCGGCUAUUUUGUCAGCAAAGCCAAAACCAGGGUAUUCCGGGACACGACAGAGCCCAAGUGGGACGAGGAGUUCGAGAUCGAGCUGGAGGGCUCCCAGUCCCUGAGGAUCCUGUGCUACGAGAAAUGCUACGACAAGACCAAGGUCAACAAGGACAACAACGAGAUCGUGGACAAGAUUAUGGGCAAAGGGCAGAUCCAGUUGGAUCCACAGACUGUAGAAACCAAGAACUGGCACACAGAUGUGAUCGAGAUGAACGGGAUCAAAGUGGAAUUCUCCAUGAAGUUCACCAGCCGAGACAUGAGCCUGAAGAGGACGCCGUCCAAAAAGCAGACGGGCGUCUUUGGCGUGAAGAUCAGCGUGGUGACCAAGCGGGAGCGCUCCAAGGUGCCCUACAUCGUGCGGCAGUGCGUGGAGGAGGUGGAGAAGAGGGGCAUCGAGGAGGUCGGCAUCUACCGGAUAUCCGGGGUGGCCACCGACAUCCAGGCGCUGAAGGCCGUCUUCGAUGCCAAUAACAAGGACAUCCUCCUGAUGCUGAGCGACAUGGACAUCAACGCCAUCGCUGGCACCCUCAAGCUCUACUUCCGGGAGCUGCCCGAGCCCCUGCUCACAGACCGCCUCUACCCCGCCUUCAUGGAGGGCAUCGCCCUGUCAGACCCUGCUGCCAAGGAAAACUGCAUGAUGCACCUGCUCCGCUCCCUGCCCGACCCCAACCUCAUCACCUUCCUCUUCCUGCUGGAACACUUGAAAAGGGUUGCUGAGAAGGAGCCCAUCAACAAAAUGUCCCUUCACAACCUGGCUACUGUGUUUGGCCCCACGUUACUGAGACCCUCAGAAGUGGAGAGCAAAGCACACCUCACGUCAGCUGCGGACAUCUGGUCCCAUGAUGUCAUGGCACAGGUCCAGGUCCUCCUCUACUACCUGCAGCACCCCCCCAUCUCCUUCGCAGAACUGAAGCGGAACACACUGUACUUCUCCACGGAUGUGUAG